AUGGCGCCCACAUCCCCACCCACCGACCGCCGCCCCCUCGUCAUCUCCGGCCCCAGCGGCGUCGGCAAAGGCACGCUCCUCAAGCGUCUCUUCGCGCACGGCUCGGGAGACGAGUUCGCCUUCUCCGUCUCGCACACCACGCGCGCCCCCCGCCCGGGCGAGCGCGACGGCGUCGAGUACCACUUCGUGAGCGGCGACGACUUCGAGGCGCUAGCCGGGGCGGGUGGUUUCGUGGAGCACGCGCGGUUUGGCGGGAACCGGUACGGGACGAGCCGGCGGGCGCUGGACGAGCAGACGGCGCGGGGCCGCGUCGUCGUCCUCGACAUCGAGAUGGAGGGCGUCAAGCAGAUCAAGUCGUCCGGCAUCCCGGCCCGCUACGUCUUCGUCGCCCCGCCGUCCGAGGAGGAGCUCGAGAGGCGGCUGCGCGGCCGCGGCACCGAGUCCGCCGAGAGCGUCCAGAGGAGACUCGACCAGGCCAAGCUCGAGCUGGAGUAUGCCAAGACGCCGGGCGUGCAUGACAAGGUGAUCGUGAAUGAUGAUCUGGAGACGGCUUACAAGGAGCUGGAGGAUUUUGUUUAUGCGCCAGCACCGUCGUCUUGA